AGGUAGUCCGUAUGUAGGCGUGCGCACAAACAUCUGAGUUGUACUGUACUGUACCUCGGUAUACACAGCUGGGUAUGUACAUACCUAGGUAUUGCACAAGCACAUCAAAGUACCCGCUACACCCCGUCCGUCAGGCCGUCGACCUACUCUACACUUACACUGCCCUCAGCCCACACGCACACGCACAACCCCAACCCCAACCCCAACCCCACACGCCCCCCACCGCCAGAGGACGCAAGGCGCAAGCGCGAACCCCACCACCUCCUCCACCAACACUACCAACGGCGCGGAGUGAUCCCACCCACUCGCACACCGAAUCCUCGCUACGUACUACGUACGUGCCUAGCCUACUCUAGAGGAUGUAGUCGGUAGCCCAGCACCCCCCCACACCGCAGGGCAUCCCUACCAGCAGGCCGACCCGUCCCGUCUCGAGUCGAGUCGAGUCAGCUGCCAAGCGGCGGCAAAAUGCUGGGGGCGCCACCAACCACCAGUGCGGAGAGCAGGCCGUGAAUCAUGCAUGCUUGCUUGGUACAAUAGCGACGUUGCGACGUUGGCGUGG